GGGAGAGAGCAGAGGCGACGGGCCUCUUCUGGAGGGGGGCUUAUUAUAUCAAAUAUACACACACUGUCCGGCCGCACGAUACAGGUCACAUGUGGAUAACAGUAAUUUUAGAAAAGCAUACAGCAGCUACAAUGCCUAUCCUACUUUUCCUGUUAGACACGUCCGCCUCUAUGAAUCAGCGCACUUAUUUGGGCACGACGUAUCUGGACGUCGCUAAAGGCGCGGUUGAGGUCUUUAUGAAGCUGCGUGCCCGAGACCCGGCUAGUAGAGGCGACAGGUACAUGCUCGUUACGUUCGAUGAGCCGCCGUACGGAGUGAAGGCAGGCUGGAAGGAGAACCACGCAACCUUCAUGUGCGAGCUGAAGAACCUGCAGGCGUCCGGGCUGACCACGUUAGGUCACGCUCUCCGCACCGCCUUCGACCUGCUCAACCUCAACCGCCUCGUCUCAGGCAUCGACAACUACGGACAGGGCCGUAACCCCUUCUUCCUGGAGCCAUCUGUGAUCAUCACUAUCACCGAUGGGAACAAGCUAACACACAGCUCUGGGGUGCCAGACGAGCUGCACCUGCCUCUGAACUCUCCACUGGCGGGCAGUGAGCUGACCAAGGAGCCCUUUCGCUGGGACCAGCGUCUGUUUGCGUUGGUGCUGAGGCUGCCAGGAGCAUCCACGCCAGACACAGAGCAGCUCGGGAGCGUCCCCACGGACGAGUCUGCCAUCACACAGAUGUGUGAAGUCACUGGAGGGCGAUCAUACUGUGUGCGGACACAGAGGAUGUUGAAUCAGUGUCUGGAGUCUCUGGUCCAAAAGGUUCAAAGUGGUGUUGUCAUUAAUUUUGAGAAGACGGGGCCAGAUCCGCCUCUGGUUGGGGACGAAAACUCAGUUGAGUCAAGUCGUCCUGUGUCAUCCUUCAGCACACAGCCGUGGCACAGCUGCCACAAACUCAUCUACGUGCGACCAAACCCAAAGACGGGGGUUCCAGUUGGGCAUUGGCCCAUUCCAGAGUCCUUCUGGCCGGACCAGAAUUCUCCUACCCUGCCGCCUCGCUCUGCACAUCCCGUGGUGCGUUUCUCCUGUGUGGACUGUGAGCCAAUGGUGAUCGACAAGCUCCCCUUUGACAAGUAUGAACUGGAGCCAUCUCCACUCACACAGUACAUCUUGGAAAGGAAGUCUCCACACAUGUGCUGGCAGGUGUUUGUUAACAGCAGCGGGAAGCAAAAUGACCUUGGGCAGCCAUUUGGCUACCUUAAAGCCAGCACCACUCUGACCUGUGUCAACCUGUUCGUCAUGCCUUACAACUACCCAGUGCUUCUUCCACUCCUCGAUGAUCUGUUUAAAGUGCACAAACUAAAACCAAACAUCAAGUGGCGACAGGCCUUUGAGAUGUACCUGAAGACAAUGCCUCCGUACUUCUUCUUGCCCUUAAAAAAGGCGUUGAGGAUGAUGGGUGCCCCUAAUCUUAUUGCAGACACCCUGGACUGUGGCCUGAGUUACAGCGUCAUCUCUCACCUGAAGAAGCUCAGCCAGCAGGCAAAGAUGGAAUCAGAUCGUCUUAUCGUGUCUGUGGGGAAGAAGGCUCCACAAGAACCUGGCAUAAAGGUGAAGAACCACUCCAACUCUCUGUCUCUGGCCCACCGGCAGGACUUUAAGCAACUGCUGCAGGGAAUCACCGGGGAGGGGCCCCUUCGCCUGGUGGACAUGAACUUCAAAGAGUUUGCUGGCUUCCAGAUCGCCCUGCUCAACAAGGAUCUGAAACCUCAGUCUUAUCGAAAUGCCUACGACAUCCCAAGACGGAACCUUCUGGAUCAACUCACCAGGAUGCGCUCCAAUUUGCUGCGGACGUCGCAAAAACUGAUCCGAGGGCAAGACGAAGACUAUCUACACAGUAUCCCAGUGGCUCAGAUGGGAAACUAUCAAGAAUACCUAAAAAUGAUGCCGUCUCCUCUGAGAGAGAUCGACCCUGACCAACCGAAACGCCUGCACACGUUUGGGAAUCCUUUCAAGCAGGAUAAGAAGGGGAUGAUGAUCGAUGAGGCAGAUGAGUUCGUAGCAGGCCCUCAAAACAAGAAAAGAGGAAAUUCCAACGACGCCAACUCGAACACUACUAUGAAGAGAAGGCGGAGCAUGUCCCCGUUACUGCGGCGGCCACAGACUCCACCUGCGGGCACCAACCAUGUGGUGGCAGGAAAGACUCCUUUAGGGGUUCAAGGGCAGCAGAACCUCCUCAAACCCAUCCCACAGCACAAAGGAGUAGAUGGCAACAACGUGGCGGUCGCUGAGAGUAACGGCGACGCUGUUCUUGAGCCUGAGUCGGAGGAGAUCUGGCCCGCUGAGAUCGACACUGUAGCAGAGAGUCCACCUCCACUGAGCCUAGAGGAGAAGGCUGGGCCGGGGGAGGCAGAUCUGGGAGAGGACAUCGACAUGACGGAGGACAGCGUGGUGGAAGAUAGUCUCGAUGAGCAGACGCCGGAGGAGGAACACAACUGUGACCGACUGAGUCCACAGAGCCAGCUAGAGGACCCUGACGCAGAUCCUGCGAUGCUUGAGACCAUAUUCAUAGCCCCGCUAGAUGGGUGCCAAGCGGAGCUGAGGAGUCAGAUCAUCAAGGAGGUCCGCAAACCUGGGCGAAAUUAUGACGCAAUACUCGGUCUACUGCAGCAGGUGAAAGGUCCAUUUAAUGUUCAAAGGUACUUCAUCCAGCAUGCAAUCAAAGAGGCUGUCAGGUUCAAGAAGCGAGUACUGAUCCAGCAGCUGGAGACGUCCCUUGCCGAGUUGGAGGCGAAGCAGGCAACAUCCUCACAGCUUCCCAAUGACCAUGGAAGUUAGUAUUAAAGACUUGUUUUGUUACUAGAAAUGGGAAUGAAGCUCCUAUUUUAUGGACUGUUGGACUAAACACCAUUAAAAAAAAAAGAAAAAAGAGACGUCCUUGUAGACUAGCCUCAAAAGGAUCAAUUGAGGAGGAACUGGACGGGGGGCGGGGGAGGAGAAAUGCACUGAUGGCAGACACUCCCACUGUCCCUGUGCUGUUACAUCACAUCCUGUUAGAGGCGGAGGGUGAGGGGUUCAUCUGGAGGAGGGGCCUUCAGGACGGAUCCACUGAGGAUGAGGAAAGUAUGAAGAAUAAUCCUCUUCAUAUUGACAGAUGCCUUAUACAACCUUAUGGCUCUUGUCUGUACGGCACAUUGUUCAGCAGACACACACACACACACACACACACACACACACACACACACACACACACACACACACUCCGUUAGACAGAUACACAAUAUGCCGUGCGUAUGUGAUGAACAGGCACAUUCCUGUUAUUGUUAUUCUUCAAGAGCAGACCUUUCUUCAGCUGGUCUGAAAAGUGUUUGGAAGACUGCAACCUUUUUUCCUAGGAGUCCUAAAAUGUCAUGUGUGUGUAUAUAUGAAAUCCAGUCAAUUCAAUAACUGACUAUAUGACCAGAUAUCACUCAAGCAUAAUUACCAGUGUUUUGGACUGGACUGGAUAUGGACUCAUCAUAUCCAUGAAAUACUAAUAUCCUCUUACCUGCCAUUACAGCAAUAGAACAUGAGUUCAGUGAAUGCAGCUGUUGGUAUCCAUCCAGAGUUUACUCCUCAAAGCCAACACACACAGAGUCCAGUAUAUCGUUCUCCACAAACACUCCAUUGAUUCCCACAGUUACAACUUUAUUCGUAGGAAUUUCUGCAUCUGUCCGGGCUCAGUCGACGGUCACCUGUUCUGGAUUUUAACAGCUGGUAAUCUGCCCUCUGUUGCUUUUUUACAAAAACGUUAGCGCUCCUCCUUUUGUUUUUUUUAUGACAGAUGUACACUACUUUUUAAUGUUCAUAAGGAAUAUAGAUUAUUUUUAUGAAUUUAUUUCAGAGUAUAAGAAAUAUUUUGAAUGAAAUGUUUUAAGACAAUUUUGUAAACUGUUAAAUACAUAUAUAAAACUGAAAGUUUUA